ACUAGUCUUACCUCUCUUUUCACACAAACCAAUCUCUCCUCCUCCCAAUCACAGACAGACAGUGGUGUUUCUUUCUCUUCCCCACCCCCACCCAAAAAUUUCAUUACUUUCCUUUUCCUUUCUCCAAAUUAUGUAAAACCCACCUUCAAAACCUAACCAAACAAUCAAAUUCUCCACUUAUAGAGAGGGACAGAGCUAGAGACAGACCCUUUACCCACCAUGGCUCAAUUGUUCAGAGAUAGAAUUCUGGGUGAAUCAAAAAGAGAAAGUAUGAGGAUUUCCACAAAUGGGGUAGCUAAAAGUUUUUCAAUUAGGGAUCUACCAUCACCAUUUGGAGAAUUAGAGAAUGAUUUAUCUGAUUCAGAACUUAGAGAAACAGUUUAUGAGAUUUUUGUUGGUUGUUGUAGAUCUUCAGGUGGGAAACCAUUAACUUACAUACCACAAUCUGAGAAGAAUAAUCAUGAAAGAUCACCUUCUUUUUCUUCUAAUUCUUCUUCAUCUUCAUCAAAUUUUUCAUCUUUAUCAUUACAGAGAUCACUUACUUCGACUGCUGCUAGUAAAGUUAAGAAAGCUCUAGGUAUGAGAUCUAAUAGUAAUAAGAAAAGUCCUGGGAAGGAAAUUAGUCCAACAUCUAAGUCUAAGAAGCCUGUUACUGUUGGUGAGCUUAUGAGGAUUCAGAUGAGGGUUAAUGAAGCUACUGAUUCUAGAAUCAGAAGGGGUUUGUUGAGGAUUGCUGCUGGUCAGCUUGGAAGGCGUAUCGACUCAAUGGUUCUUCCACUUGAGCUAUUACAGCAGUUCAAAUCAACAGAUUUUCCUGAUCAACAGGAAUAUGAAGCAUGGCAAAUGAGAAACUUGAAGGUACUUGAGGCUGGUCUCCUCUUGCAUCCUAUUGUCCCGAUAGAAAAAUCAAAUUCUGCAGCACAACGUCUUCGUCAAAUUAUACGAGGAGCCUCAGAAAAACUCAUAGAGACCGGAAAAAAUAAUGAAUCGAUGCAAAGCCUUCGUAGUGCUGUAAUGCCUCUUGCUUCAAGGUCCAUUGAUGGAUUUGGCUCCGAUGCAUGCCAUUGGGCGGAUGGAUUUCCAUUAAACCUUCGCCUAUACCAAAUGCUUCUCGAAGCUCUUUUUGACGCCUAUGAUGAAACAUCAAUCAUCGAGGAGAUAGAUGAAGUUCUGGAACUCAUAAAGAAGACUUGGGUGAUUCUAGGAAUGAAUCAGAUGCUUCACAACCUCUGCUUUACUUGGGUUUUAUUUCACCGUUUUGUUGCAACUGGUCAAACGGAAAACGACCUUUUGUUUGCUGCUGAUAAUCAGUUGGCAGAAGUAGCUAAAGAUGCAAAGGCAACAAAGGAUCCAGUCUACUCCAAGAUCUUGAGUUCAACAUUGAGUUCAAUACUCGGUUGGGCGGAGAAAAGACUACUUGCCUACCACGACACGUUUGAUCGUGAUAAUGUUGAUUUAAUGCAGAGCAUUGUAUCUCUUGGGGUAUCAGCAGCCAAGAUUUUAGUGGAAGAUAACUCUCACGAGUAUCGAAGGAGGAGGAAAGAAGAAGUGGACGUGGCUAGGAACAGGAUAGAUACAUACAUCAGGUCAUCAGUUCGCACUGCUUUUGCUCAGAUAAUGGAGCAGGCAGAUUCAAGCAGGCGAUCAUCAAGACACCAGCCAAAUUCUCUUCCUGUCCUUGCUAUCCUUGCAAAGAGUGUUGGUGAACUUGCGUGUAAGGAGAAGGAGGUUUACAGUCCAAUAUUCAAGAGAUGGCAUCCUCUUGCAGCAGGGGUGGCUGUUGCUACCCUUCAUGUUUGUUAUGGGAAUGAGCUGAAGCAAUUCAUUAAAGGGAUCCAGGAGCUAACUCCUGAUGCAGUACAUGUGUUGAGAGCUGCGGACAAGCUGGAGAAAGAUCUUGUGCAAAUUGCAGUUGAAGAUUCAGUGGACAGUGACGACGGUGGAAAAGGGAUAAUCAGGGAGAUGCCUCCUUACGAGGCUGAAACUGCAAUGGCCGAUCUGGUUAGGGGGUGGCUAAAGACAAGGGUGGACAUGUUGAAGGAUUGGGUAGAUAGGAAUUUGCAACAAGAGGUGUGGAAUCCUCGGGCAAAUAAAGACAACUUUGCUCCCUCGGUCGUUGAAGUCCUACGAAUGGUGGAUGAAACCUUGGAUGCAUUCUUUCAGUUGCCAAUUCCAAUGCAUCCAGCCUUACUUCCUGAUUUAAUGACUGGCCUCGACAAAUGUCUUCUGCAUUACAUUUCAAAAGCAAAAUCUGGAUGCGGAUCACGGAGUGCUUACAUCCCCACCAUGCCAGCAUUAACAAGAUGUACAAUAGGAUCAACAUUUGCAUGGAAGAAGAAAGAGAAGCUCCAAGCCUCUAAAAAUAGGAAAUCUCAGGUUGGAACAAUGAACGGAGAGAACUCCCUUGGGAUUUCGCAACUAUGUGUUCGUAUGAAUACUUUGCAGCACAUCCGGAUCGAACUCGAAGUUUUGGAAAAAAGAGUUAUCACGUAUCUUAGAAAUGCUGAAUCGGCUCAACCGGAUGACAUUACAAAUGGAAUAGGGAAGAAGUUUGAGCUCUCCCCAGCUGCUUGUGUUGAAGCAAUACAGCAGCUCAGCGAGGCCACAGCUUAUAAGGUAGUUUUUCAUGAUUUGAGCCAUGUUCUUUGGGAAGGUCUGUAUGUUGGUGAGCCAUCAUCUGCUAGAAUUGAACCUGUUUUGAAAGAACUCGAGCAGAACCUGGAGUUGAUAUCAGAGACUGUCCACAGUAGAGUACGUACACGUGUGAUUACCGACAUAAUGAGAGCUUCCUUUGAUGGGUUUUUAAUGGUACUUCUUGCUGGAGGCCCUUCUCGUUCAUUCUCUAAACAAGAUUCUCAAAUUAUAGAGGAUGAUUUCAGCUCUCUUAAAGAUCUUUACUGGUCUAAUGGGGAUGGACUGCCCGAUGAUUUAAUUGACAAGUGCUCAAAAACAGCUAGAGAUAUCCUUCCACUUUUUCAGUCUGAAACAGAAAGCCUAAUUGAGCGAUUCAGACGUAUGAUGUUGGAGUCUUAUGGUCCUGCUGCUAAAGCCAGACUUCCGUUACCUGCAACAUCAGCACAAUGGAAUCCGAAUGAACCAAACACGUUGUUACGUGUUCUGUGUUAUCGAAAUGAUGAUGCUGCUUCCAAGUUCCUUAAGAAGACUUACAAUUUGCCAAAGAAACUGUAAUGUCAUUGAGGUCUAGCACAUGGUGAAUCAGGCAAGAGUCCAGCUGUGGCGACAGCUCUCGUAAGGGUGCACCGUUUAUAUCUGUUUAUAUGUCUUAUUUUUUACGCCCCUACAUUUAAUUAUAUUGUUUCUUAGCCCUCUAAAAUCAAAUUGACCGUGAAAUUUUUUCUUUUUACUCUUUCAUCAUUUUUUUUCUACCAUUGUUUGCUCUACCAGUUCCAGAAGUGAUUCCAAGCCAAGAUGUGUAUAUUCAGUUUCUUUCGGCGGCUGUUUUUUUAAACUUGUAAAAGAGGGUGUUGAUGAUCUGAUGAUUUCAAGUUUUUACUUGUUGAGUUGGCUUUUCGUUCUUGACCAUUGAUUCUUUGUUGUGUUAUGUAAUAUCUACACCAGUCAUGGGACAUUUUGACAUCAUUAAUCAUGUUGUAAUAACUGUUCUAUGUUUUCAAAUAUUUUGGACAAUCCA